UUUGUGUUGACACCACAAUUUUAUUUAGAGUUAUCUGUCUUAGAACAUGGCGAAUCCUUUCGAAAAGGUUUUCAAAUUCCCAUUUAAGUUCAAUUUAAAUGAAAUCCCCAAUCCAGAGACUAAAAUAUGCAUUGUAUCUAUAUUUGGAAAAGGUCGUUUGAAUCCAUUCUGCAGCAAGGCCACAUUAUUUAACUCUUUGAUUAACAAAGAAGUAUUUCAGGGAACAGAAGGAUUUAUAAAAGAUGAAGUUGAAGAGGGCAAUAUUGAAUGCUACUAUGAUGCUGAGACUAGAGUUAUGUUCCUACAUCUACUGUCUUUCUAUGAUACCAACCUGCUGGCCAAGAAAUGCCAAGAUCUGGGACACUCUGCCAGUGCACAAGAGCUGUACAAAUUAUGCCAUGAUGAUGACCUGAAACAUGCCAAGACACUGCUUCUACUGUUCAAUCUGUCCCAUAUCAUUGUGCUUUGCCAUCCAGGAACUACUUUUGAUCUUUCGUAUCUGAAGCUUUUUCAUAUCUUGGAUAAUAUCAGAUCUAAAAUCCAAUCAGGCUUCAUUGAAACCUUGGCCAACAUUCCAGGAGUGUCAAAAGACUGGGCCAACUUCGGCAGAGUGUGUACUCCACGUAUGCUGUUUGUAUUUGAAAAUCCAGCCAUUGAUAUUCAAACAGAAGAUGGAGACACUGGCUCAGCAAAGAUGUUGAAGCAGAAAUUUCCACCAAUGAGAAAACUGCAGAUCCGCAUAGAAGAUAUGAUUUUUCCUAUUCUUAGAAAGACAAGAGCUAUCACCAAUAUCUCGAACAACUCGCUAUUUUCUCUGCCAUUCAACCAACCAUAUGUAUAUCUUUGUGCUAAGAAAAAUGAGGUCAAUGACCCAGUGGACUUCUUAAUGAACCAGAUGAGACAAAAUUGUUUCCCUGUACAAGAAGCUGAUCCGCAAACUGCAGCUCAGAAGCCAAAGCCUUACAGCUGCUCUCGUCGAAAACAGAACCCUCUUGUACCAGAUAGCCUUCCUCAGUCAUCGUCAUCUAGCCUUCCCACAAUGAGUUCUGCCUCCGCCAACAAGCUUCUUGGACCAACAUCUUUAAAAACCCAAGACCAGUGCUUCAAAGAAUUUAUUUGGCAGCAUGUGGAGAUGGUCUUCUCAAAAUCGGUCAAUGACAAUGUUGGUAGGCAUGGCAUCGAUCCUAUAUUUGAGCUGCCCAACCUGGCCACAUGGUUGAAUGUUGCCAACAGCAUGCAUUCUUAUUACCUAUCAGAAUCUCAAGACUCUGGAACAAGUCAAAUGUUUAGCACCCUCAAAAAUCUCUUGGACAUCAGCAUGAGGUUCUCUGAAAAUCGAUGUAACAAAGUAUUACCAUUGGCUGAGAGUGCAUACCAGCAAGAUUUACCUCCCUUCUACAUUACAUCAUAUCACUUGAGCAGGGUGAACAAGGCCAAGCGUGUGUUUAUCCAGUACGCCAGAGGGCCAGCCUUUGACAAGCAUAUGGCUGAACUGGAGGCUUCCUGCGAGAGGUUUUGGAAGGCAGGCAGACAGCAGUGUGAAGCCCUGUCACUGACAGGAAACCUGUGUACUAACAAGGUCCACUAUCUGCCCAGUGAGGUCCCAGCAGAUGCUGAUGACAAGAAGCCAGUCUGUGAACACUCCAGUCUGGUCAGGACAAUGGCUGCAUGUAAUUGUGGCAAAAUUCAAGCAGAGAAGGAUGACCCAUUUGACCAUAAGAGUGCCAACUAUGAAUUUUACAGAGAGUUGGAGUCUGACUGCUGUGGCUGGCUAGAGCACAUUCGCUUCCCAGUCUUCACCCCUACCACACCAGAUGCCAAAGCUGCCAGUAUGCCCUCCACCUCCUCACCAGAGCAGCCCCCUCCACAAACUCAGGAGAGCUCUACUAAAGACACAGAAAAAACUGAUGCAUUUUCAACUCUAUCUGAAUUGAGUUUAGCUCUAAGUUUAGGUCAGCUUGUUCUUCAAGCAACAGAACUUGAUCCUAAGAUCAGUCAGAUUGAUGAAGUAAGGGAGGCCACUCAAACUCAGGAGGCCGAAUUACCUCUCAGUGAUGAGUCAGAAUUGAAAAAUGUCAACAGGAUUUCAACAGAGGAACAAAGCAUAAAAUCCAAAACGCCACCUAGCCGCCAGCACUCCACCACAGAGUACUUGCCCUACAUGAUACACACCAAGUCUCCACCUGGGUUACUUCCAUUGUUCUCAUCUUUCUCCCUGUGUAGGCUGGGAGCCUCUGCUCUUUAUUCCCACAUGAAUGGUUUGGAAUUGCCAGGAUUUCUUGCAGGCAGUAACUUCUUGUUGCCAUGGGAUAUCCCAGUGAAAUCUGAACCAGAGAAAUGGCCAAGUGUUUCUGAGACUUUUGGAGGAGGAAAGAAAAGGCAACAAAGAAAACUUUCCAAAUCAAACAUUGAGACUACUGAGGCCAUGACAUCGGUCAGAAUUUAUCUCGGCAUGGAGUAUGAGUGUCCAAGAGGUCAUCGUUUCUUCUGUAGUGGUCCAGACAAGGUCAUCAAAGUGUCUUCUAACAGCAUUGUUAAAGACAACGCUGGCCGCCUGACGCAGAUGGACAUGCCUUUAUACACACCUUGCCAUUGCAAACAGCCUAAGGGUUGCAUGUCACAGAUGAUGAGAGUGUACAUUGUCACUCCUCGUGACACACCAAACUGCCCCGGGGUCAGAGUUUUGAUCAAUCCCAGCAUUCAACCAGGUCCACCACCAUGCCCCCUGUUUCAUCCCGGUCUGGAUUCACCAUUGGAACUGCCGCCUGAUGGAGUGUGGGUCCUGAGGCUACCUCACAUCUACCAAGAUGAAAGCUCCAUCUACCUAAUGCCCACUGAUCACCAGGAGCUACACAAGUGCUAUGUCCAGACUGGCAUGUUCAACCAUAGGAUACUUCAGUGACCACUUUGUGUCCACUCAACUCAUUAGUCACGAUGACACAAGCACAGACCUUGUGGUGCAUUUGGUCAGCUCCAUGACCCCCUGAAGUGACCAGUCAGACAGUACCAGGCUUGAACACAAACUAGAAAUGGCAUAUUUCUUUUAUCUCAGCCAUAGCAGAAAUUGGACAUUGACUGGUCAGCCUGUCCUUCCAAUCACAUUGCAACUUAUGUGAAACAAAAAGUUGAAAAUAAAAUUAAUGGUGAAUCCCAGUU